GUUGGGCGCCACCCCAUGGCGGCGUUCGGGCGCUGGAAGGCGCAGCGCUCGGCGCGCCAGGACUGCAGCCGGCGGGGCGCGCUGGACGAGCGCGCGGCGGGCGUAGUGCGGCUGCUGAACGGGCGCGCGCCGUUCUGCACCACCAGCUCCUGCUCGGGGCGCCUCGUGCUGGCGGAGGGCGGCGCCGCGCUGAGCGCCGGGAUCCCGAAGCGGCGCUGCCGGUGGCUGCUGGUGGCGCACGAGCCGUGCGGCCGCGCCGAUGUGAUGGCAGCACUGGAAAACGCCACCGGCAAUGUCAUGUUCAAGUUUGAGCCAUUUGUUCUCCAUGUGCUGUGCCAGGAGCUGCAGGACGCACAGCUGCUGCAUUCCGUGGCUAUUGAGUCUGGGUUCAAGAACUCUGGCAUUACAGUUGGCAGAGGAGGAAAAAUUAUGAUGGCUGUCCGGAGCGCUCAUUGCUUGGAAGUUCCAUUGAGCCACAUGGGGAAACUGAUGGUCUCUGAAGAAUAUAUUGAAUUUCUGGUGCAUGUGGCUAAUGAGAAAAUGGAAGAAAAUGCAAGGAGGAUUGACAGGUUCUACAAGCGCUUGGAGGCAGCCCUGGAAGCAGCGGGCGGCGUGAGCAGCUCGCCCUCCACAGGCACAGGGCAGGCUCACACUGUGUAUGUUCGCAGAAGGAAGAGGAGGACUGCCAGAGUGCAGGAUGUGCUCCCCUCUGCAGAGGGUCAUAACGAGGAGCUGGAGCCUGGGGAUGACCCAGAAGGCAGCCUUGAUAUUUUUGCUGAAAUCACGCUGUAGCCACUGAAGGGCAAAUGGCAAACUGGACAAUGUGCAUGGUGCUCUUUAUAAGAGAUACAAAUAUUGCUCUGUUCUAAGUAGUAACACUGCUGGUUGCUACCAGGAGGAAAAAAAAAAUAAAAAAGAACACAAGGUAAUUAAACAGAAUUGUGAACAGGCUUAAGGCCACAGAAGCACAGAGAAGAGAACCUCAAUGUUUGAGGUUGUUUUCUUUGUUUCUAACUGCGCUGUUGCAUUGUCUUACUGCGUAGGUCAGCUAUCAUAGAGGCCACUGCUUUGCUGCAGUCUUUGGCCACAUUCUCUGUGAAGCAUUCCCCUUUCAUUGCUGGGGUGAGGCCUGCAGACAAGCCAUAAAACUGAAGCUUUUAAUCGCUGUCGGAGAGUUGUAGAACUAUGUGCAGCAAUGCAGAGGGCCUUUUCAGAACAGCACGGAGCCACUGCGUCAGCAGAGGUACAGCAUGGAGCUGGGGAUGAGAACAGAAAACCACAGAAGUACCUGCGGCAGCUCUGAGCCCCUUCCUGACCCUGGCACUGGGCAGCAGGUUGUGCUGCUUUCCUGGCCUCACAGCUCAGGCUGCAGCCACACUGCCAUGUGCACUUCCACGGCAGCAGAUGCUGAAUGGUGGUUUUCUUUGCAGCCAGCACCGUGCUGGUGGUUCAUACCUCACAGAGGUGUUUCUGGGGGCUGGGCACAGCUCCAGUCCCAGCUGGGAGCGGGAGGUCACCCAGAUGACACUAAUGGGCUUCAGAAGGUGCUGUAGUUUGUAUAGUCCUGUAUUGUAGCACUGGAGAAGUCAGUGCAUAAUACAGUAGUUUAUUGUGCAGAAAAAAAAUGAGGAACUUGUAAAUCUCAGCAGCACUGAGUUAGGAGCUGUAUGGCUUGCAGCGCUGGGAAGGGGGAAGCAGCGUUUGGUGCAGUGAUUUGUAGCUCACAAGGUGGGUCACGUACUUGUUUCUAUUACAUAAACCUGUGAGUUGGGAACAUUUUAAUUCCACCGUAAAAAUUUGGCAUAAUAUGUAGGA